AGUAUGCUGAUGCUAAUGGCGGCCAUUUGUAGAUAGCCGUAUCCACCUACUGUGCUGUCUAGGUCAGCGUAUCACUGAUUCUCGUAAAUUUGCACGUACUAAAAAGGCAGCCCAGAACAGAUUGGCCUUAAAUAAACUAUUGGACUGGAAAGAAGGAGCAAUCAAAGCAACAAAAAACAUUUUAUAUCAACAGAAUAGCUGUUACACCAAGCAAGCAAGAUGCCAACGGUCAAAGGAGAUGGGAUGCGAGGACUUGCUGUCUUCAUAUCUGACAUCAGAAAUUGCAAAAGCAGAGAAGCCGAAGUCAAACGAAUCAAUAAAGAACUAGCCAAUAUAAGGUCUAAGUUUAAAGGUGACAAAACUCUUGAUGGUUACCAAAAAAAAAAAUAUGUCUGCAAGCUGCUUUUCAUUUUCCUUCUGGGUCAUGACAUUGAUUUUGGACAUAUGGAGGCCGUCAACCUGCUCAGCUCCAAUAAGUACACAGAAAAACAGAUUGGUUACCUUUUCAUUUCCGUGCUGGUUGGAGCAAGCUCAGAGCUGAUGAAACUGGUAAUCCAGUCUAUCAAGAAUGACCUAAUGAGCCGUAACCCAGUCCACAUCAACCUUGCACUUCACUGCAUGGCUAACAUUGGAAGCCGUGAAAUGGCCGAUGCCCUUGGGCAGGAGAUCCCCAAGCUUCUUGUCUCAGGGGAUACUAUUGAUGCUGUGAAGCAGAGUGCAGCCUUGACCUUGCUUCGAUUACUGCGUGCCUCACCAGAUGUGAUUCCAAUGGGAGAGUGGACUUCACGCAUCAUCCACCUACUUAAUGAUCAACACAUGGGAGUUGUGACCUCAGCUACCAGCCUGAUUGAGGCUCUUGUCAAGAAAAACCCAGAGGAAUACAAAGGCUGUGUAUCUCUAGCCGUCUCCAGACUUAGUAGGAUUGUCACAUCAUCAUACACAGAUUUACAAGACUACACAUACUACUUUGUGCCUGCUCCCUGGCUGUCUGUCAAACUUCUGCGUCUCUUGCAGAACUAUCCUCCACCAGAGGACCCAAGUGUUCGCACACGCCUCACAGAAUGUUUGGAGACAAUUCUGAACAAAGCACAGGAACCUCCGAAAUCCAAAAAAGUUCAGCACUCCAAUGCCAAGAAUGCUGUUCUCUUUGAAGCCAUUAAUCUUAUCAUCCACAUGGAUUCUGAUCCUAAUCUUUUGGUUCGUGCUUGUAACCAGCUGGGACAGUUUCUUCAGCACAAGGAGACCAAUUUGAGGUAUUUAGCGCUGGAGAGCAUGUGUCUGCUUGCUACAUCAGAGUUCUCACAUGAAGCUGUCAAGAAACAUCAAGAUACAGUCAUCACAGCACUCAAGACAGAGCGAGAUGUGAGUGUACGACAGCGGGCUGUGGACUUGCUGUAUGCCAUGUGUGACCGCAGUAAUGCUGAGGAGAUUGUUGGAGAAAUGCUGGAGUAUCUUGAAACAGCUGACUACUCAAUUCGUGAGGAGAUGGUACUAAAAGUAGCCAUACUGGCUGAGAAGUAUGCUGUAGACUACACAUGGUAUGUGGAUGUAAUUCUGAACUUAAUCAGGAUUGCUGGAGACUAUGUUAGUGAAGAGGUUUGGUACAGAGUGAUACAGAUUGUGAUAAAUCGUGAUGAUGUGCAAGGUUAUGCUGCUAAGACUGUUUUUGAGGCUCUGCAAGCACCUGCUUGCCAUGAAAACAUGGUCAAGGUUGGGGGUUACAUCUUGGGAGAGUUUGGCAACCUCAUUGCUGGAGAUCCUCGCUCAAGCCCAACAGUGCAGUUCCAGUUGCUGCACUCUAAAUAUCACCUGUGCAGCCCCAACACCCGAGGGCUUCUUCUGUCAACUUACAUUAAAUUCAUUAAUCUUUUCCCUGAGAUCAAGCACAACAUCCAAGAGGUGCUGAGGAGUGAUAACAACCUACGUAACCCUGAUGUAGAGUUGCAGCAACGAGCCAUUGAAUAUCUACAACUCAGCACUGUGGCUUCUGCUGAUGUACUGGCAACAGUUCUUGAAGAAAUGCCACCCUUCCCAGAACGUGAAUCUUCUAUUUUAGCCAAAUUGAAGAAAAAGAAGCCUACAGUAGCAGACCCCACAGAAAACAAAGAUCACAAGAUGCCUGCACCCCAAGUUUCAGGUGGCAAUGAUGGACCGGCACUGCAGAUGCCUAUAACACCACCUGCAGGUGGAUCUGCAGAUCUGCUAGGCCUAGAGGCACAGCCAUCAGCACCAGCAGCAGCAAGUGCCUCAUCUGCUGCUUUUCUGGUGGACGUGUUUGGAGAUUCUGCCCAGCCUACAAGCAAUGGACUUGACCCUUUAGGGCUAACACCUGGUGCAGAGGAGAAUGUCAAGAAGUUCGUGUGUAAAAACAACGGGGUGCUCUAUGAAAAUGACCUGGUCCAGAUUGGAGUUAAAUCUGAAUACCGCCAAAACCUUGCUCGCAUUGGUGUUUUCUAUGGCAACAAGACUUCACUGCAGUUCACCAACUUUACAGCAAACAUUUCUACACCGGGGUCUCUUUCUUCUCAGCUGUCUGUGCAGCCUAAACCUGUCGAAACUGUUGUUGAUGGCGGAGCUCAAGUACAACAGUUGUUCAACAUUGAAUGUGUUGCUGACUUUACUGAUACUCCCUUGCUGAAUAUGAGCUUUGUGCAUAGUGGAGUUUCUUCUCGCAUUUGUUUGAAACUGCCUGUCUUUGUCAACAAGUUUAUUGAGCCAGCUGAGAUGAAUGCAGAAGCUUUUUUCCAGAGGUGGAAAGCAUUAAGCUCACCAGGACAAGAAUGCCAGAAAAUUUUCAAGGCUUGUUUUCCUCAAGAUACUGAGCAGUCAAAACAGAAGCUGUUGGGUUUUGGUGUCAGCAUUUUGGAAGGCAUUGACCCUAAUCCAGACAACUUUGUGUCAUGUGGCAUUUUACAUACACGUAAUCAACAGAUUGGCUGCUUAGUGCGACUAGAACCUAACAGGCAAGCCGAGAUGUAUCGGUUAACAGUGCGUUCAACCAAGGACUCAGUGGCUCAGACAGUAUGCUCAUUGUUGGAAAGCCAGUUUUGAGGCAGCGUCAAAGACCAUGAAACACCUGUUGUCCAGAACAAAUGGCAGAGAAGAUUGUGGCCAAAUGACUAAAUGUAAAGAAUGUGUAGAUGAGGCAUGGUAUGUCAGUGAUCAAGCCAAGCCUGCUUUCAGAAGGGGUGAUGGAUGCCAGAAGGGGGAAUUUAUCAUGGUGGUAAUAUAGUAUGCUAUUUGGUUGUGUUGUUUAUAAGGAUUUAAAGUUGGGGGCUAGUGGAUCCCUGCUGAACAGGCAGGGAAUAUCACGUCCACAAGAGCUCUCAGUCACUCAUGUUCUUAGCAGACCCAGUGUAGUUAGCACCAAGUUCUGUCAUUACGUGGGUUAGUACUUGAUUAAAUGUUGCAUUGCUUUUGGCAAAGUUUUGGAGUUCAUACUCAUUUCUUCUUUGCUCAGCAUCAAGAUUUGUCACUAACAAUGUCCUGGAAAAUUAGAGUUUUGACAAAAACUUUUGAGCAAAGUGACAUUCGAUUGUUGGCAGAAGGUGAAAAUAUUUGUGAAUAAAGCAUUCCUAAUGUAGUAUCUGUUGUGAGCAGGCUUCUUUCACUUAGUCAUUGAUGUAUGCUGCAGAAAGAAGAAUUUCCCAACAGCUUGUAUAUGUACUAGGUAUUUGUUUCACUUGAACAUGAACAUACUUGCAUGCACACAAACACAUGCACACAUCCUGACACUGGAAGAGCAAAGUUGUCAUUUGUGGGGUUGGAAACCUGUGUAUCAUACUCAGCUUAAUUGUCCAACAGUAUUUUAAUUAUGUCACUCCAAAUUUCUUUUGCUUUAAUUACACCUCUGUAUUCAUGUAACUGAAAACGUCGAGUUGCUGGUUAUGCAUUUGUGCAGUAUGUGGAUAUGCCUCUUUGUAUGUGUGUAUACAAAUGUAUAAAUUAAAAAAGUACAUAGGGCAUGCACACACACACACACAUGCACACUUUACUGCAGACAAGUAGAAUUCAUGUGUUAUUGAUAAUGACACUCUAAUAGCACAAAAAGCUCUGUAUUUGUAUGCAUGUAGAGUAACUGAUUUAGUUGUACUUCUACAAAGGGCUUAACACAUUGUCUUAAGCAUAUAGACAAUUAGGAUUGUUUUUUCAUCAUGUGUCACAGCUGUCGUGAAUUCUUGAAUUUUCCAUUUUAUCCAUGCCAGAAAAUUUUGAUAAAAGAACAAACUAAGGUGGUUGUUGGCUGUUGUCAUCCUGUUGGUACAGAACUGUGCCCUUCCUUUUUUUUUUUUUUUUUAAAGGCAGGGAGAAGUACAUUUUAUUGCAUAUAUUUGCUGCAGCCUUUUGAUGACUGCUGUUGUGUCAGACUGAGUCUGCAAAAGUCAAUGGACAAUUAAACUGCAUUUACAUUAAAAUAUUGUCCUCAUUUGUGCCAGAUGGAAUUUAUGGACAAACACAAGACAUGUCUAUUACAGCGAUUUGAUUAGGCAUCACCCUAUUAUCUGACAUUCACUGUCUUGAAACUUUUUUUGCAGUAGCUUGAAGAUUUUUGUUAUUCUUAGAGCCUAGUCAUUCACUUCAAAAUUAUCUGGUCGAAUUUUGAUAGGAACUGGUUGAUUUGGGGUCUCUGUGGAAGCAGAAAGUUUUGUGCAUCUUGCAUAGUCUGAGUAAAAUUUUGAUCCUCUUCAUAUCCAAAUUACACAACACCAAUUUUAAUGAUCUAAAUAUCUUGUUAAUAGUAUCCUAUGGCAUACAUGGUAGAUGUGUAUUAGCUGAGAUCAUGAGAAGUUGACAGUAGCUAAAUAAUUGUGAAGCAUGUGUCAAAAUGAUUGGGUUUAGUGUGAACUCGCCAUUUUUCAGUUGCAAGCCAAAAUCUGCUCAUUUCUGUAAUUAGCAUUGGUGCCUUUUUUCCAUAUGAACAUCAGAGGAACAGCUAGAUGUGUAUCAGAUAUUACAUUCCAUUUUUUUAUGACAGGGAUUGUACAGUCUUUAGUUUUCUGUAAAUAUCCCCUUUUCUUCCCUUCUUCAUGGACAUUUCACUGGAUCAUUCAUAUUGCACAUGACAUCUUUGGGAAUGUCCUGAAAUCUCUAGAAGUCAGUUUUGCUCUCUGUAGGUCUUCUGUAGAGACCUGGCAGACGUUUUUUUAAGAAGUGGUUGGUACGCAUUUUACCAGUCAAAACAAAUACCAGCAACCUACCUGAAGAAUUUUUGGCAACUCAUAUUUCCUGAUCAUUAACUUUGUGGGUAUGCCUUUUGAUUGAAUGCAUUUGAUUUGUUGAAUUUAAAACUAUUAUGUCAAUGUGUGUGCAUGCAUUCAUGCACGCACAUGUGCACUAUUAAAAAGUGUAAUGGUGGUAAUUUUCCGGGAACAUUCAAGGUGCAAGGCAGUGCUUAUUAUUACAUGAUCUGUACUACUGCUGUCUUUGUUCAAGCACGGUUUCACUACAUGAUGCACUUAUUUGUGAAUGUUUUGUGCUUACAUGCAAUAUUUUUUUAUCUCAGAGUUUUAGCAUUUGGGUUUCAUCUUGGUUGAAGAGUAGGAAUAAAUGCUCUGUAAGGACAGGAGCAGAUUUCAGCCCUUCUCACUUUUUUGGGGGGUGGGGGGAGGUCACAAGAUUAUUAUCUUACUUUCCCCAGUGGCAUUUCUUACAGCUCAAAGGCAACAGCAUUUGCACAGCUUGCAUCAUCAACAUGUCACAAAGCCAGUAAAUCUUGUACGAGAACACAAUGUUAAAUGCAUAAUGUGAUAGUGCCUUUAGUCACCUGCACCUUUUUCAAUUCUUGCACUGCUGUGUGGCAUUAGAGCAUUUGAACCUCAUCUAGGGAAACCCUAUACUUGCUCCUUCCCUUGCACGUCUUUGUGGACUAGAUGAUUGCAGCUCGAAAGUAGUCAUUGUCAUGUUUACAUCAUCUAAAAUGUGUUUUCAGCCAAGGUUAGAUGGUGUUUUGUGGAGUUAAGUGUGCUUGCUUUGGACACUAAUCAUUAAACUAGAGGAGGUGGCAUGUAUAAUAAGACCACUGAUUCCAGACAAUCCCCCUCCCUAUCCUACUCCCCACUCUUUAAAUAAUUUAACUAUCCACAUUUGUGUUUUUAUACUCUGCUCAAUCAGUCAAGUAUAAGAUGGGCAGGGGACCAGAAAAAUAAAGUGAGAAAAACUC